AUACAGCGGCAGCACCCACCAUCUCCCAAUCGGCGGCUGCAUUCAGUUCCCUCUCCCUCUCCACUUCCGGCCUAUUUAAAAUCCCAUCUUCCCCAAUGCUCUCUCAACCCCAAUCCCUUUCCCUCGCCAAAUUCCUUCCUUUCUCCCCCUCUCCCUCGCUUUCCUUCCGUUUCUCUCCUGCUCCGAACAACUGUUUCCUCUCAUUCCCUCUCCUUAAACAACCUCCGAUUUCUCUCCGAUCAAAAACUAUGAUUUCCAACUCCAUGCCCUCUAACCAUGCCGAUUCCCUUCAAUUAGCCUUGAACGAUGACCAGCUCGAUCGUUUUGCUGAGGUUGGGAACAAGCUCGCUGAUGCAGCCGGCGAAGUGAUUCGCAAGUACUUCAGAAAGAAAGUCGAGAUUCUCGAUAAAGAAGAUUUGAGUCCUGUAACAAUAGCAGAUCAAGCAGCUGAGGAAGCUAUGGUUUCAAUUAUAUUGGAGAGCUUUCCUUCUCAUGCAAUUUUUGGAGAGGAAAAUGGAUGGAGGUGUAAAGACAAGUUUGCAGACUAUGUUUGGGUUUUAGAUCCAAUAGAUGGGACAAAGAGUUUUAUCACUGGAAAACCAUUGUUUGGUACUCUAAUUGCUCUCCUGUACAGAGGUAAACCAAUUCUUGGCAUUAUUGAUCAGCCUGUCCUGGGAGAAAGAUGGAUUGGGAUAAGUGGAAGGAAAACUACAUUGAAUGGAGAGGAAGUGAUUACACGCAGUUGUGCAAAACUAUCACAAGCAUAUUUGUAUGUUUUUCUUGUCUUUGACUAUGUUUUCAUAGGGAAGAGGGAGGGAGAGUGGCUUGGUUGCGAGUAAGGGAUUCUUGCAGGUACACAACUAGUCCACACCUGUUCAGAGGAGAUGCUGAGGAGGCAUUUGCUCGGGUUAGAAGUAAGGUGAAGGUGCCAUUAUAUGGCUGCGACUGCUAUGCUUAUGCCCUUCUGGCUUCUGGUUUCGUGGAUCUUGUAGUUGAGUCUGGUCUCAAGCCAUACGAUUUCCUUUCACUUGUACCUGUGAUAGAGGGAGCUGGUGGUAUUAUAACUGACUGGCAAGGACAUCAGCUUUCCUGGGAAGCAUCUCCAGAUUCACGAGCAACAAGCUUUAAUAUAGUGGCAGCGGGGGACAAACAAAUUCACCAACAAGCUCUAGAUACCCUAGAAUGGCAGUGAAGAUUUAUGCACUGAAUUCAAAGUUCUGAAAAUAUCUUCUGCUCCUUGAAUCCUCCUUCAGGCCUUACUUGAAAUCAAGUAACAGAGACUUGAUAAGUGCUCAAAUUAAUUUAUCAUUCUUCCUAAGUUGUAUAUCAACAGAAAGUUGCAGGAGAAUCCUUAUGUAAUAAAUGUACUACUUUUAUCCUUCAAGACAUUCCAAACAAUAUCUAAUUAGCUUAGUUAAAGCUUUUAUAGAAGUGUUGUUUGAAUAUAGCAUUUUUCUUCGU